CCAAAAGCUGGAUAAUGUUUUAGUUAGGGAAAAGAUUUCAACCUCUGGACUCGUUGUUGAAAUAUAUUAGCUCAUAUCACAGGAAGCUACAGUUUGGCUAAGUGUGAAGUUAAGCAACGCUCUUGCUUUCUAGUUUGACUGCACCAUCGGUACUACUUUUCCUGCUACGCCUACUUUGUCUUGAGAACAGUACUUAGACCAAACAUCCUGAAAGCAAUACUUUCUGCUGAAAUAUGUAGCAUUUUACUUAUCCAUAUGCAAAUCACCUUUUGAUUUGAACAGCAGAUCAUUAUCUCAUGCAUUGUUUUUAUUGGUUGUCUGGUCAGUGUAGUGACAAGCGCAUCUUGCGGUGUUGUUACUGGUUGGUUCUAUGCCAACGUGUCAUGCGUUUACGGUAAGUGGGGUGUUGUAUGUAUGGGGACCGACCUAGGCAGGUGUGGCAAACAGGUGAACUGGAGCCAAAAGGACGUGUAAGGUGUCAGUUGUAUCUUGAAUAGCCAAGCUGUUUAUUUCCCAUCUCUAACACUUGACGUGGUACCUUGUUUGAUUAAAUUAUUUACAUUUAAUUUUCGUGUUCAAAUAACAUGCGAGUGGACAUUAUGCUGAACGACAACGCUGGAUACCGGCAAAAUUCAAAUAUAGGAUUAGCUCGCGAGUUCGUCAUGCCGUCUGAGCAGCAGAAGUUAAGUAGCUGUUAACAGGACUCAGGGCAUUAGUGGAAUUGUUUUGCACAACUUUUUUUGGAACGAGAUUUUGAAAUGGACCAGUGACGUCAUCUAUCGAGAUGCCAGGGUUGUUGAUUGUUAACUUCAGCUGAGACUGUUAUCAUCCCGGAACAUCGUAGCAUAUGGUAGUGUAAUGGUUGGGAGUUCUUCUUCCCUGAGACACCGCUGGAAUUUAGCCAUGGGGACACUGUGGAUAUUUUACUCUGCGACUAUGCCAGCCUUUCUGCUGCUUCUACUACUGGGUCCAUCUCUGAGGCUGUCUGAUGCCAUGUCCCGAGACGAGCGACAUAAGUUAAGAGACCAGGUGGUGGAGAUGUUUGACCACGCUUAUCAGAAUUACAUGGAACAUGCCUACCCAGCAGAUGAACUGAUGCCACUGACGUGCCGAGGGAGAGUGCGUGGGCAGGAGCCCAGUCGGGGAGAUGUGGAUGAUGCACUUGGAAAGUUCUCUCUAACCCUUAUUGACACGCUGGACACUCUAGUGCUGUUAAACAAAACUGCCGAGUUUGAGGCCGCUGUCAGAAAAGUCCUGUCAGACGUGCGGCUGGACAAUGACAUCGUGGUUUCUGUCUUUGAGACUAACAUCCGUGUACUGGGGGGACUUCUUGGGGGACAUUCGAUGGCUGUGAUGCUGAAGGACAGUGGACGCCACAUGCUAUGGUACAGGGACGAGCUGCUACAAAUGGCCAAAGACCUGGGGCUCAGACUUCUGCCUGCCUUUAACACCAGCAGUGGCCUGCCCUAUCCAAGGGUGAACUUGCGGUACGGCGUGAGGGGUCCAGAGACUCGAACAGGCACCGAAACGGACACCUGUACGGCCUGCGCUGGCACCAUGAUCCUUGAGUUUGCUGCUCUGAGCCGUUUCACCGGGGAUCCUAUAUUUGAGGCUCAUGCACGGAGAGCGCUCGACUUUCUGUGGGAGAAAAGACAAAGGAACAGUAAUCUCGUAGGAACGACCAUUAACAUUCAUUCUGGAGAGUGGGUUCGUCGAGAUAGCGGUGUGGGAGCUGGCAUCGACUCCUACUACGAGUACCUCCUUAAAGCUUACAUUCUGCUGGGAGACGACCAGUUACUCCAACGAUUCAACAUUCACUACGCAUCCAUAAUGAAGUACAUCAGCCAGCCCCCUCUGUUGCUUGACGUUCACAUCCACAAACCUCUGUUGCCUGCCCGGACCUGGAUGGACUCUCUCCUGGCCUUUUUCCCAGGUCUACAGGUUCUGAAGGGAGACAUUCGGCCUGCUAUAGAGACCCACGAGAUGCUUUAUCAGGUCACCAAGAAGCACAAUUUUCUCCCCGAGGCCUUUACUACUGAUUUCAGAGUGCACUGGGCUCAGCAUCCACUCCGGCCUGAGUUUGCAGAGAGCACCUACUUCUUGUACAAGGCCACCAGGGAUCCAUACUACCUGGAGGCGGGUCGCACCGUUCUUGAAAACUUGAACCGAUUCGCCCGCGUCCCCUGCGGCUUCGCCGCCAUGAAGGACGUGAGGACGGGAAGCCAUGAGGAUCGCAUGGAUUCGUUUUUCCUGGCAGAGAUGUUUAAGUAUCUCUUUCUGCUGUUCGCUGACGAGGAUGACUUACCCUUUGAUGUUGAGGACUACAUCUUCACCACGGAAGCUCAUCUUCUACCCCUUUCUUUGUCGACCACACCGCGUUCAAGGACAACCCCUGCUGUGAACACCGUGACAGAAGAAGAACUGGAAGACCCAAAUUUCGACUGGACCUGUCCCAACACACGUCUCCUCUUCCCUGACCCGGCUUUCCCCAGGAACCUCCGCGACCCAAUCAGGAGCGCCGUGGAUAAGAGCUGCCCACGCCCCUCUCUUCCCCGGGAGCCGGGAAUGGGUCGACCUCCUCUGCGUGCCCAGGACUUCAUGGCUAAUAACCCAGAGCAUCUGGAACUGCUGAGACGUAUGGGUGUGAGUCUCAUUCACCUGAAGGAUGGCCGAGUUCAGCUAGUGCAGCAUGCCUCACAGGCUGUUAGUGCUGUUGCGGCAGAGGACGGCAUGCGUUUCAUGCAGGAAAUGAUGGAACUGUCCAGCCAGCAGCAGAAAGAGCAGCUUCCUCCUCGCGCUGUCCAGAUCAUCUCCCACCCCUUCUUUGGCAGAGUGGUACUGACCGCUGGCCCGGCACAGUUUGGCACGGACCUGUCCAAGAGCAGCACGGGGGUGAGAGGAUUCGUAACGGUUGCUGAACCGUACAGCGGUUGCGCUGAACUGAGCAACGCGGCUUUUGUUCAGGGCCGGAUCGCUUUACUGCAGAGGGGCCAGUGCAUGUUUGCAGAGAAAGCCAGACACAUCCAGAAAGCAGGGGCCAUUGGAGGCAUCGUCAUCGACGAUAACGAGGGCAGCAGCAGUGACACGGCGCCGCUCUUCCAGAUGGCGGGAGACGGGCGGAACACCGAUGACAUCACUUUGCCCCUCCUCUUCCUGUUCCACAAGGAGGGCAACAUCCUGUUGGAGGCUCUGAAAGAGUACAGGGAGGUGGAGGUGUUGCUAAGCGAUAAAGCUCGAGACAGAGGUGGUGAUAGACUUGAGGAGGAGGAGGAUUGUUCAACUGAGGAAAAGGACCACAGUAGCCCCGCCCCCUCUACCACACUUGACCAAUCACAACCCAGUACUCAGGAAGAGCAGACAGAGGAAUCAGCCUUAGGUAAGGAGGAAGUGAAGCCAGAGCAGACAGUGGACAGUAAUGAAGUCACAGGGGCAGAGGAGGAGGAACUUUCUGACGAAGGAGACAGCCAAUCGGUGGACUCAUUGAUGGCUGAUUGGCAGGAGGACUUGGAGGCGUUCAAGCAAAUGGAAAAGGACGAACUUUGACGGCUCCUCUUCCUAGAUGAUUGAAGCGGUACGUUAACAGCCAUACAACCCAAGCCAGCAAGGACACCUGCCUGUUCAUCAGGACAGUAUCGGGGGGGGGUGUGGCAAUGACAAAAGCUGGCUUGAUUGACACACAGAUAGUGGUGUCUCCCUGCCUUCUCCCGUGUCCAGUUCUCAGGUGUUUAACACAGAUCGCCGCUUCUCUUACCCUUCGCCUCUUUUCACUCAUAGACUUUGGAUUCAACACAACCUCACACAAACUGAAUUCAAACUGAAUCAAAGCAUUCGCACAGGCAACGUGGAGCUCACGCCUGUUAUUAGUCUUCUCUUUGUCUUAUUUUAUGUCUUCCUCUUUCUGAAUGGAUUCCCUGGUAAUUGAAAUAUCUACUUUUAAGCUAUGGACGUCGAAUUAUUGGAUGACUCAUCAUCGAUUGGUGUAACUGUGACAAAAAAAAAAAAACCUGCUCUUUUCUAAUAGAAUUUGUACUAAUUUAAUUUGUCGGCUCAGUUACAGGGUCUGUGUCAAACUAUUUCAAUGGAUUUCACAUAUAACAAAAACAAGGAAAAAAAGAAGAGCUGAAGGCAAUGAAUCUUCAGUGAAUCUUUUGGACCCUUGCAGAAUGAUGGGACGUAUGACUGUUUCUGUAUGUACCUCGUUCGUUAUCGCAGGAUAUUUUGAGGAUCGGCUCGAUCGUACGUGUCUUACUCAGCUUCAUCUCAAAAUACAUAUUCCAAAAAACAGCCGCUGCAGAGCCGUCCUAGGUGGGGAAACCCCUUUGGAGCGACCGGAUGUCUGGGAGGGCAGACGGGGAUAGUUCUACAGCAUACGCGAUACGAGCAAAAGAGAAAUAUCAGGUGGACUUGAUACAUAUGAGUAAAAUCAAGCUGUUGACAAAUUGUUUCCAAGGACCAGCAGCCAGCAGCCCCUCUUCAGUAAUGGUCUGUUCUAAGACAAACCAGGGGGUGCUGAAGACAGUAGCAGACUAUAUCAUGUACUGUCCAGCAGGGGGAGUCGUUGUUUGGUGGUUCCAGAUGGAACUCGCUAAUUAAAUGGAGAGACCAAGUUCAGAGGCCAAUACCAUGGAUACACUCAAAUAAA